ACCCAGAAUCCAAAGCAGGCUCCAGGCUCUGAGCUGUCAGCACAGAGCCUGACGCGGGGCUCGAACCCACGAACCGUGAGAUCAUGACCUGAGCCAAAGUCGGAUGCUCAACUGACUGAGCCACACAGGCGCCCCUAAUUUAUAAAUUCAAAGUAGUCCCAAUUAAAAUCUUAGCAGGUGUUUUCAUAAAACUCUGUAAGCUGAUUCCAAAAUCAUCUGCAAGACGAGCUGCCCAAGAAUAGCCCAGAAAAGAACAGAGGUGAUGUGUGUAAUGGAACCACUGCGAUUACAAGUUACUGCAGGAGGAACCUAUCAGUAGAGGAGAAUAGAGAGCCCAGAAAUAAAUUCAUGUUCAUAUGAGAAUAUAGUUAUGUUAAAUGUGGCAUUUCAAAUUGGUAGAGAAAGAAUGCACUAUUGAAUAAAUGGUCUUGGUAUAAUUGCUUACCAUUUGGAAAGAAAAGAUAUUUAGAGGGGCUCCUGGGUGGUUCAGUCAGUUAAGUGUCUGAUUCUUGAUGUUGGCUCUGGUUGUGAUCUCACGAUUUGUAAGAUCAAGCCCCAUGUUGGGCUCUUCACUGACAGUGUGGGGCCUACUUGGGAUUCUCUCUCUCCCCCUCUCUCUCUCUCUGCCCCUUUCCUGCUCAUGCACACGCACAUGCAUGCUCUUUUUCUCUCAAAAUAGACGAACAUUGAAAGAAAGAAAGAAAAGAUAUUUAGAAACCUCAUUCACAAAAAAAUUAAUUCUGUCUGGAUAAAGAGCUAAAUGUAAGAAAAAGUAUGAGACAGAAAUAUAAGAAAAUUACCUCGGGGAAGGAAUAUCUUCUUAAAUAUGACAUAAAACCAUAAAAAAAAGAAGGUUGACACAUUUAGCCAUUUAAAAAUGGAAAACCUCAGGGCGCCUAGGUGACUCAAUUUGUUCAGUGUCCAACCCUUGAUUUCAGCUUAGGUCAUGAUCUCGUGGUGGUGAGAUCAAGCCCUGCAUUGGGCUCCAUGCUGGGCAUGGAGCCUGCUUAAGAUUCUCUUUUUCCCUCUCUCUCUGCCCUUUCUCCACUCAUUCUCUCUCUCUCUCUCUCAAAAAUAAAUAAAUAACUUAAUUAAUUAAUUAAUUUUAAAAAAUGGAAAACUUCUGGGGCGCCUGGGUGGCUCAGUCCAUUAAGCAUCUGACUUCGGCUCAGGUCAUGAUCUCACGGUUCCUGAGUUCAAGCCCCUCAUCUAGUGAGCAUGAGACCUGUUUCUGGUGUUGCCAUGGUGAUGGCGGUAGAGGACAGCAAGGUGCGUGUCGUGGUACGGGUCCGGCCUCCCACCCCACGGGAGUUGGAGAGUCAGCGGCGGCCUGUCGUUCAGGUGGUGGAUGAGCGGGUGCUGGUGUUUGACCCUGAGGAGCCCGAUGGGGGCUUCCUUGGCCUGAAAUGGGGCAGUACCCAUGAUGGCCCCAAGAAGAAGGGCAAAGACCUGACAUUUGUCUUUGACCGGGUCUUUGGUGAGACGGCCACCCAACAGGACGUGUUCCAGCACACCACCCACAGCAUUCUGGACAGCUUUCUCCAGGGCUACAACUGCUCAGUGUUUGCCUAUGGGGCCACCGGGGCUGGGAAGACGCACACCAUGCUGGGAAGAGAGGGGGACCCCGGCAUCAUGUACCUGACCACCAUGGAACUGUACAGGCGGCUUGAGGCCCACCAGGAGGAGAAGCGAUUCGAGGUGCUCAUCAGCUACCAGGAGGUGUACAAUGAGCAGAUCCACGACCUCCUGGAGCCCAAGGGGCCCCUGGCCAUCCGUGAGGACCCCGACAAGGGCGUGGUGGUGCAAGGACUUUCCUUCCACCAGCCAACCUCAGCUGAGCAGCUGCUGGACAUGCUGACCAGGGGGAACCGCAACCGCACGCAGCACCCGACUGACGCCAAUGCUACCUCCUCCCGCUCCCAUGCCAUCUUCCAGAUCUUCGUGAAGCAGCAGGACCGGGUUCCAGGUCUGACUCAGGCCCUUCAAGUGGCCAAAAUGAGCCUGAUUGACCUGGCUGGUUCGGAGCGGGCGUCUAGCACCCACGCGAAGGGGGAGCGGCUGCGGGAGGGUGCCAACAUCAACCGUUCUCUGCUGGCCCUCAUCAACGUCCUCAACGCCCUGGCCGACGCAAAGGGCCGUAAGUCUCACGUGCCCUACCGGGACAGCAAACUGACCCGUCUGCUCAAGGACUCCAUCGGGGGCAACUGUCGCACAGUGAUGAUCGCUACCGUCAGCCCCUCUAGUCUGGCCUACGAGGACACAUACAACACCCUCAAGUAUGCUGACCGGGCCAAAGAGAUCAAACUCUCGCUGAAGAGUAAUGUGAUCAGCCUGGACUGUCACAUCAGCCAGUAUGCCACCAUCUGCCAGCAGCUGCAGGCUGAGGUGGCUGCCCUGAGGGAGAAGCUCCAAAUGUACGAGGCGGGAGCCCAGGCGCCACCGCAGGACCUCCCGAAAUCCCCCAGAUCCGGCCCUCCCCAGCAAGCCUGCCCCUCACCGUCCCAUCUUCCCAGCCAGCCCUGCACCCCAGAGCUCCACCCAGGGUCUGCAGUCCUUCCAGAGGAGAGCCUGGGGCCAGAGGCCCCGGUGGGGAGGGUCAUGGAAGGGAACUCUCCAGACCGGGAACCGCCCCCAGAGGACAAGGAAGACGACCCAGCCGAGGAGGUUCCAAUCCAGGUACCAGAGCAGACCCUCAGACACCCACUGCCAAGGUCCCCGGGCCUGACCCUGCAGCCCAAGCCAGACACGGGCUGCCUCUCACCACAGAACUUGGGCAGGGACUGUUCUAAGCAGUUGGCCCUGAAGGUGCUGUGCCUGGCACAGCGACAGUACUCCCUGCUCCAAGCAGCCAACCUGCUGACCCCCGACAUGAUCACAGAGUUCGAGACCCUACAGCAGCUGGUACAAGAGGAAAAAGCUGAGCCCAGAGCCAAGGCCUCAGGCACACCCGGCCCGGCCAGGGGGGCACCUCUGGAGCUGCGUUUAGAGUCAGAGUCUCCAGGAUACUCUGGCCCCGUGACCCGGACCAUGGCAAGGCGACUGAGUGGCCUCAUGCACACUCUGGGGGUCCUACCAGGGCCUGACCGCACCCCAGCCCAGGUAGCCCGGCGGCCCACAGAGAAGAAAAGGAGGAGGAGACCGAGCCCCUCAGAGCCAGACAGCCCCCCAGCCCCGAAGCUGGGGACCAAACGCCAGCGCCAGUCCUUCCUGCCCUGCCUGAGGAGGGGGUCCCUGCCUGAGGCUCAGCCUUCACUCGGGCCCACCACCCCCAGAGAGGGAAAGGCCUCCUCCUCCUGCCACUCCCCUCGCAUCUGCCCAGCCACAGUCAUCAAAAGCCGGGUGCCCCUGGGCCCUUCUGCCGUGCAGAACUGCUCUACUCCUCUGGCCCUGCCCCCUCGGGACCUCAACGCCACAUUUGACCUCUCAGAGGAGCCCCCCUCAAAACUGGGUUUCCUUGAAUGCACUGGCUGGGAGAAUGUUCCCCAGGAGCCGAGCAGGCUGGAUCAGCCCUUCAUCCCCAGUGGACCUGUACCCCUGUUCACCAUGAAAGGCCCCAAACCAACAUCUUCCUUCCCUGGGAGCUCAGCCCGCAAGAAGAGGCGCGUUGCGAGUUCCUCAGUCUCCCGCUCCCUGGGAGUGGCCCGUGGCCGCAGCCGCAUCGCCCGCCUCCCCAGCAGCACCUUGAAGAGGCCAGCUGGGCCCCUCACAAUCCCAGAACCCCCCUCCAGUCCCCACUGCCCUGGCAGCCAGAGGAGCCAGCAGGAACUGAUGGGGAUUGGGGGAGCCCUGUCAUCUGGGAGCUCUAUCACCAAGGUGUCCUGACCCACCAGCUCCUUGUGGUCCCUGGAACCGCCUGUGCCAGGAGCCCUGACCUGCCUUCCUCACCUCGGAGCAAUUAAGGGCAACACCCUCUUCCUUUAUUAACACUCCUCACCAGCCAUUCAUUUUGCUACCUGCCCUCUUUAUCAAUCUCUUGUUAUACUCAGUUUCUCAGCCUGUAUAUAUUCAUCUUGAGUGUCAACAUGUUGCUAUUUUAAAGGUGCAACCACCUUACCUGUUCAUAACACUCUCCACGCGAGCAGGUGGCCUUGGGGGACUUUGCUCCUCCCCUCCCAUCUAACAGAGGGCUCUGUGCAGUCAUGGCCGCUGUGCAAUGAAGAAGGGGCGAGGAUGGGAUGGGAUGGGAUUGGGCGCGGUAGGGGCUCCCAGCCUGACUCUCCCUGGUGUGUGAGAGAGGGAGGCACCGUCGUCGGCCUCAUCCCUGCAGCCCAGAGCAGGAGCCCCAGCCCCGGGCUGCCAUCCUAGUGAUGAUGUGGAUGAUAGUGGUGUUUGGAUUUCCAAAUGAAGAUAGCUUUAUCAUUUCUUUACUGCAAACAGGAUGCACACUCAGUGUAAAAAAAAGCGUACAGAAGAGAGGGAAAUUCAGCCUUAAUGCUACCACCUAGAUGUAAGAGCUGUUAAUACUCGAGUUUAUAUCCUCUGAUCCUUUAUUUCUGCAUAUAUACAUAUAUAUGUACAUGUAGAUAUAGAUAUAUUUUUUUAUUAUAAUGAUUAAUAAACCAUCUCCAUUCUU